CCCGAAAAACCGAACUCGAAUGGACACCCCUACUAGCGUCCUUGAAAUCACGAGCCCUACAUUGGUCGAUAAUGAGCUAAGCAUUUGGGCCAAUUAACAUUUGGCCCAUAGAUUGAGUUAAAGCCCAAAGGCUCAUUAGUCUCAUACAUACAAGUCCAAGAAAUAUAGCCCACUUGACCCGAUAGGGAAAAUAGAUCAAAACUCUUUCCCAGACGAAACCACGGCGUUUCUACGAUCCUAUUAUUUCGUUCUUUUCAACCCUAGCCGCCUCCGCCAUCUGCCGCCGGCGGUGCUUCUGUCACUUGCCAGUCAAUUCACCUGCUGUGGGAUCAAUGAAGCUGUUCGACGACGAUGACGCCACCGUCGAAGACAUCUCCAAAAUUGAGAUCGACAAGGAGUACGCCCGGCGGUACGAGCACAACAAGAAGCGGGAGGAUCUCCAGCGAUACGAAGAGUUGAAAAAGAGUGGCCGAAUUGACGACGACGAUUCAGAGUCGGACUCCGAGUCGUCGGACGACGAGGCUGAUGAUAUAGCUGGCGCCAACAAGAAGAAGGACAUUAAGUUCUUCGAGAAUCUGCUCAAGGUAAGGAAGCAGGACCCUUCUCUUUACCAGAAUGUUCCAAUCUUUAGUGAUAGUGAAGAAGAAGGAGACGAUGAUGAGAAGGGGCAGGAUGAGGAUGAUAAAGUUGAUGAGAAGAAGAGUGAGGGGAGCAACAAGAAGAGGAAGUCAAUGUACUUGAAGGAUGUUGUGGCCAAGAACUUGAUUGAGGAAGGCCCUGAAUUCGACGACACGGAGGCUAGGCAGGGGAAGAGAGGGAAGACCUACAAUGAAGAACAAGAGGAAUUGAGGAAGCAGUUUCUUGAUGCUGUGCAGGACCUCGAGGGUGGGGAUGACGGGGUAGGGGAAGGAGAAUUCUUGAAAGUGAAGGAUAAGGGAAAUGGAGGGGAUGGUGAGGAAGAUGAGGUGUUUGAGGCUAAAUUGGGUGAGUACUUUGGCCCUCAGGAAGAGUUGGACGAGAACAAGAUGUUCUUGAUGGAGUUCUUCAAGAACAAGAUGUGGGCUGACAAGGGUAAUGACGAUAGGGGUGAAGGUUUUGAGCUUGGGGACAUCGAUGAGAUGGAUGAGGAGGAGGUAGAGAGGCAAGAACAGUUUGAAGAGAGGUUUAAUUUUAGACACGAAGAGAACAAAGGGGAUAGGGUGAUGGGUCACUCUAGGUUUGUAGAAGGCGCCAUUAGGAAAGAGGAGAAUCCGAGGAAAGGACAAAGGAAGAGGAAGGAGGAGAGGAUGAAGGAGGCAGAGAUUCGGCGAAAGGAGGAGUUAAAGCACUUGAAGAAUUUGAAGAAGAAGGAAAUGGAGGAGAGGCUCCAAAAGGUUAUGGAGGCUGCAGGUAUUAAAAGUGACAAUGGUGCAUUGGAUUUGGAUGAGUUGGAGGAUGAUUUUGAUCCUCAGAAGUAUGAUACGAUGAUGAAGAAGGCGUUUGAUGAUGGAUAUUACGAAGCUGAAGAUGCUGAUCCUGGGUUUUGCAGUGGAGGCGACGAUGAUGGUGAUAUCGACAAACCGGAUUUUGAUAAGGAGGAUGAGUUACUUGGACUUCCUAAAGGUUGGGAUACAUCUGAUAAUGAGGGCCACUUUGCAUCUGUUCGGGAAAGGAUUUUGAAAGAAAAGGGCGAGAGUGUCGACGAUGAUGACGAUGAACAGGAAGAAGGGAAAGAGGAAGGUAAAAAGGAUGAAUGGGAGGAUGAAGGUACGAGGAAGAAGCAAAAACGUAAGCUGUCAUUGCUGCAGAAAACGAAGCAGGAAUUGUUGGACGAGUACUACAAAUUGGAUUAUGAGGGGACAAUUGGAGACCUAAAGACGAGGUUUAAAUAUGCUAAAGUGAAUCCUAACAAAUAUGGAUUGAAGACGGAGGAUAUAUUGUUGUUGGAGGACCAAGAUUUGAACCAGUACGUGUCCGUGAAAAAGCUUGCUCCUUACAGAGAGAGCGAGUGGAAGGUUCCCAGCAAUCAGAAGAACCAGUAUAAGAUGAAGGUUAAGGAGCUGAAGAAUAAUCUUAACAUCCGGAAGGCCAGUAAGAAGAACAAUGACCCAAAGGUCGAUAGUAAUAACAGUGAAGAAUCAACUUCAGCUGGCCUAUCCAGGAAAGCAAAGAGGAGGCAGAACCAAGCACAUCUCAAAUUGUCGCAUGGUAGGCUCUUAGCAUAUGGGAAGCUUCAGCCUAGUGCUAAAGGCAAGAAGAAAGUGUGAUUGUACACGAUUAACUUGCCAGGUAUGUGAAGUAGGUGCAUUUCUUGUACCGUCCUUUUCGUUCUUGUCUGUUUUUUCUUCAACAGAUGAAUAGCGGCUGGCUUGUUUCGUGCAUUAAUUUAUCUGUUGAUGUUAAUUGCUGCUUGCUUGUACCCUUCUCAAUGUCCUGCUUCGUGUUCCUGUCGUUAUCUGAUAACUAGACUCUGCUUAAGUUGUAGAUCACAUAUUCACAUAGAACAUCUUAUUCUUAUGAUUCUAACCAAAGUCUGCUUUUGUGCCAGAAGCUUGAUUUCAACCUUGUGUAUGGCGGAUCGCCUAGCUGAAUUCUGAAAGAUGGUGUACGAUUUCUGAGUAAUGAAUGGACGAAACAAGAGUUGAUAUUGUUGUUUAAACGUUUUGAGCUAGGUUGAGUUGAACUUGACAAAUACAGACUGUUCCAUUUCUGGGGGGUUCAAGUCUCUAUUUUGGUAGACCCAGCAUUUUUAGUUCCUUCUGUUGGAUUGUGAUAUGCAGAAAGCAGAAUACAAUGCCUCUUUACUGCUGUCAAAUUGUUUCGUCAAGAUUUCAUUUCUCUAUAUCAGAAUAGUUUCCGUGGGGAAGCAUUCCUGGGUUCUUUUAUACGUUCAUGUAUUUCCACAUAAUUCAACGACUAUCUAUUCGAAAGUGGGUUUCUUGUUGGGAGAGGUAAACAUGAAUUUUUAUCAUUUUCUCUCGGAUGAAAACCAAUUCAUUGGCCUGAGGUUUGUACAUACAUGUCAUACCAUGUUAUUAUAUUAAUUGUUAAUAUUCGGGUUGUGAGAAGUUGAAUACGUAACAUCACGAUCAAAUAAGUUCUAAUAUGAUUCCAAGAACUAGUUGAUACAAUAAAAUAACUCGAGUUAUUGAACAUCAAAUCUUGAGUUGUAAUAAUCUACGUUGGAGUUGUAAUCCUAUACUACAAAAAGAAUGACUAUCACUAGAAAAACUACAUGCACAACUAGGAUUGUUAGUUGAUUCAUUUCGUUUAUACCCAUAACCUUUUAUUUGAUUAUUGGUUGACUGAUAAGCGAUUUUUGCUUACGGUUAACUGCACAGUUUAUAUUAGUCGGUUAAAUAUAAUUAUGUAGUCGGUUAACCGACUAACUGUUUAGUUAGUGAUUCGACAAGGUCAAACUAAGAUCUUCGAUCAGUAACCUAAUCAACAUAAAGCCUCUUU